AUGAACAACUUUGAUAUCUUGGUUUCCGCAGCUCUUAGUUUGCACAAUAAUGAUGAUAACAAAGAUUUAAGCGCUUCUUAUCAUCAACAAUCAAACCCCGAGCUUAUGGUGAUCGAUCCAAAUGAAAUAAUCAGAUCUUCUGAAAGAAUAGUUAGCCAACUUGUCAACCAAAACUAUUACUUUAACAUCGAGACUGACAAAUAUAACAAUUCACAACAAAGUAACACAUCAUUUCAAGAAAAGAAGGUCGAGGACGCAUUAAUAAAUGUAAAUAAUGCCAUCAAAACGGCCUUGAAUGUAUAUAAUGAUUUAAUAAGUGCUGUCCCAGAAGGCACUGUGCCAAAUAUAUUACCGCCAAGUAAUUUAAGCGACAGACUUGACGAAUUUAAAAAAGUAUUCAGGCUUGAAAAAAAUCAUGACAGUAAUGAUGAACCUGUGGAUGAAGAAGAUAUAGAAACCGAAAAGAGCUUCGAAAGCAAACCACACUCAUUGCAACUUUCACAAAAGCGGAAACAGCAGAAACAACUUGAACCAGGAAAUAGCCGGUAUAAUACACGAAGCAAAGAUGGCACAUUAAAGCCUCGAGCCAUAUAUGAUGGAACUGUGAUUGAAGAUGGCAAGGCUUCUGUAAAACAGCGUAAAAAAGAGAUCCCGCGUGCUCCAAAAAAAUCCUUUUAUUAUUUCUUUAAUGAUUAUUGUGCAGAGAUGAGAUCAAAUAAUGUCAAAACGCACUCGGGCCAAUUAAUGAAGGGUGCGGGUGAAAAAUGGCGAGAAUUGCCUGAAAGUGAAAAAAGGAUAUAUCAUCUUCGACAAGAGGAGGCUACAACAAAAUAUCAAGCGGCGAAUGAGAUAAAUAAAGCCGAGAAAAAUACCUCGGCACGAAAGAGAUCUUUGGAGGAGGUACCAGAGACACAGAUAACGACAACAGAAUCUUUUCCUGAUGCUGCUGUCAAUAACAAUAGUAGCAGAGCUCACAAGAGACGUUGUAUCUCUUGA